AUGAUCUCACUCCGAUCCUCUUUGGCCCUCCUCGCCCUUCCAGCUCUAGCUGCAGCAGGCAAUGUCUGUCUCGGAGUCUUUGCUGUAGCUGGCCUCGGCGACGCACCCCCUGACGUAUACUACGUGGCUUUUGCCGCAGGAUCCCCAUGUGACGAAAGCCGGUCAGCCAGUCUGACCGAUACUCUCAAUGAGAAUUGGUGCUCCAUCGCCAACCGCGCACCUCAGUUCGACAUGUGCGGCAGCACGGCCACCAUCUUCAAUGCUGGUGAACCUAUUGGCGAUGACGCGGACUUCAAUGACUGUGGUGCCAAGUUGAGCAUCAACGGGGAGGAGUUCGAUGGGGAGGUUCUUGAUGAUCUGGCGGAGGAUAACCCUUGCAGUGCUACGUGCAACAACGGCAUUGCCUUUGGUAAUAUUGGUGGUUUGAGACAUUAUGUUGAUGUGCCCAUGUGCGACUAA